AUGCAAGGGAAAGUCAAGAGCACCGUCAUGGAGGCGCGACCAUAUCUCGAUGAGCUCAUUGUGAAAGCGAGGGCCGAUCCUUCAACAGUACUGGCUGCAACUGAUGGCUCUGUCCCUCAGUCCAACCAGUAUCAGGUGACUUCGGCUGCCAUCAUCUACAAGGGACAUCAUGAGCUUGAAAGGACUCGCUAUGUCUCUGGCAGAAUUACCGCCCCUGAUGCGGAACUCAAUGCCAUCUCGUGUGCAGUGCGCCUUGCUGUUAAGCAGGUGAACUGCCAACAUAUUAUGGCCUUUACUGACUCUAUGGGCUCGGCCCAUAGAGCAGUCGACCCCGGCAUGCACUCUGGUCAGGCUUUUAGCCUGUCAAUCUGUCACGUUCUCCAAGAGUGGUUUCAGGCGGAUGAUCUCCGCCACAUCACCUUUGUCUAUGUUCCAUCUGCUAUGUGGUGGGAUAUCCAUGGUGAGGCACACAAGUACAUCACCGAACUCAAAGUCAGGGUUGGACGUCACAAGACGGACAACUCUAUAGACGCGCUUCACUCUCGAGCUGCACACUCAGUCCUGGAUUCGUGGAAUUCCACUUUCCAGGAUCCAACUUAUCGAGGCUCUGAAUUCUUAGAGCUUCAACAGCCUGACGGGUGGCUGCUACAGCCAUUGUACCUCAAUGGGGGACCUUGGCUUUCAACCUUCGGACACAGUAUCACUGAGUUUGCUCGCGUUUGCCAGUGUAUAACUGGCCAUGCGCCCAUUGGAGCGUAUUAUCAUCGCUUCAAGAUUAAGAAGCCUCAUGGCUGCACUUGCGGGGCUGCUUUGCAGUCCCGUCAGCAUAUUCUCCUUCGCUGCCAUGAUUGCUACUCCGUGCAUUACCCCUGCUUUCUUGGGGAUAUUGCAUCUUUUAUGGAGUACAACCCCACGGCGUUUGGCUUCAACCAGGACCCUUCGGGGGUUGGAUAA